UAGCGAAGAGGAGGGGUUGGCGGGCAAGAUGGCUGCUGCUGCGGCCGGUGUGGGCCGGCUAGAGGAAGAAGCGUUGCGGCGAAAGGAACGGCUGAAGGCCCUACGGGAGAAAACCGGGCGCAAGGACAAGGAAGAUGAGGAACCAAAGACCAAACAGCUCAGAGAGGGGGAGGAGGAGGGCGAGAAGCACAGGGAACUCAGGCUGCGGAACUACGUUCCCGAGGAUGAGGACCUGAAGAGGAGGAGGGUGCCCCAGGCCAAACCAGUGGCUGUGGAAGAGAAGGUGAAGGAGCAGCUGGAGGCCGCCAAGCCAGAGCCUGUCAUCGAGGAAGUUGACCUGGCCAACCUCGCACCCCGGAAGCCUGAUUGGGACCUCAAAAGAGACGUAGCCAAGAAGCUGGAGAAACUAGAAAAGCGGACCCAGAGGGCCAUCGCCGAGCUGAUCCGUGAGAGGCUGAAAGGCCAGGAGGACAGCCUGGCCUCUGCAGUGGAUGCCAGCACCGGACAAGAGGCCUGCGACUCCGACUGAGGCAUGCCCUGUCCUCUCACCCACCUGUCAGGCCUGCCCUGUGGGAGGGUGGUCUUGGACAGGGUCAGGUCUGAGCUUGCCACCACUUCUGGGUUGCCCUCCGAGCAGUCACCCCCUGCCCCAUCAGUCUUAGCCUUGCGAUGUAGGGUGAGGUCAGCUCCUUGUCUCCCAAGUGGUCUCCGCUACCCUGGGUUCUGUGAGCCCAGACAGAGCCAGCAGCAGUUCUGUGAGCCUGCUGUGUCUGUACACAUGUAGGUAUGUAUGUACGUAUGUAUAUAUUGUGGAUUUUUUUUUUAAAUUCUGGAAAUAGAAACAAGCAGAUCCCUGUGUGUGGCAGAAAUCUACCAAAUAUUUUCUGGGUCCUUGGGGUGCUAUGGGGUUUGGGUCUCAAGACAGGGUGUCUGGAGAGGUGAUCUUAAUAUGAAUAAGCCCUGAGUUGGGCUGAGCAGGUUGAGGCUGACCUUCUGGGCUCAGUCUUUGGUCAGCGGUGGUCAUCUCAGAACCCUUGAGUGACAGACGGGCCUUGCAGUAUUCCAUGGGACAGCCAGGAGAGGCCCCCACCCUGAUCUGUGGAACCCCUCACGGCGUGAGAGAGAAGGAAGAGACUGGCCCACGGAGGGGUGAGCUUGGCCGCAUUGCCACCGUUAUUGAAGUUGCGGUUCCGUGAGAGGGGGAGUAGAAUGAGCACGGGAAGGCAGCCAGCAGCCCCUGCCACAGGGGGCAGGAGGAAGUGGUGAGCAAAGAAACCAGGGGACAUCGCAGAAAUCAACAGUUAACCUCUAGCGAGACAAAGAUUAAAAAAAAAGACAGAAAUUAAUAUAAAUAUUAGGAACGAAAUAAGGUGAUCACUACAGUCUCCCCAGACACCAACAGGACAGUAAAGGGGUAUUGUGAGUAACUCCCCACAUGAAUUUGACAAGUGGAUGAAAUGAACCAGUUCCUUGAAAAGCACAAAUUACCACAAGUUAUCCAAGACAAAAUAGAUUACUUUGCGUAGCUCUAUAAAAGAUAAUGAAUUCACAAUUUAAAAAUCCCUAAAAAAGAAAUCUCCAAGCCCAGGUGGUUUUACUGGAGAAUUAAUAUACAGAGUUAAUGCAAUUCCUGUCAAAAUCCCAAUAAGAUCUUUAGGCAUAGACAGAAUUAUUCUAAAUUGUAGCAGGACAGGCAGAAGAACUAGACUAGCUUAAACAGGUUUUACUAGAAGAAUGAAGCAUGAGGAACCAUUAACCAUCCCCAGACAGUAUGAAGCCACAGUGAUCAAGAUGGCAGUGCUGGUGGAAAGACAGGCACAUAGAUCAGUGGAAGUCAGCUGCCCGCUCACUUUUGACAAAGGUAUAAUGUGAGCUCAGUGGAGGAAGCACAGUCUUCAGCAAAUGGUGCUGGAGUGAUUGGGCAGCCACAGGCCAAAAAAGGAACCUCAGUCAGACCUUACACAAAAAUUAAAGUUGCUCAUAGGUUUAAAUGUAAAAUGUAAAACUAUAACAACUUUCAGGAGAAAACCUUCAGGACCCAGAGCUUGGGAAAGAAUUCUUAAGGCAUGAGACCAGAAGCACAAUCCAUAAAUAAUAAAUUGGGAAAUUUGACUUAACUGAAACAAAGAGCUUUUGCUCCUACAGUCUUAAGAGAAUGAAAAGAAAAGCUACAGACAGAAAAUAUUUGCAAACGGCAUAUCUGCUAAAAGGCUCCUAACUAGAACAUAAUGAAUUAUCAAAACUCAACAGUAAAAAAGAAAGGAAAUCCAAUCAGAAAAUGGGCAAAAGACAUGAAGAGACAUUUUACCAAAGAGGAUAUAAAUUGCAAACACGUGAAAGAUACUCAGCAUUACUAGCCUUUAGGGAAAUGCAAAUGAAAACCAUGAUGAGCUGUCAUUAGACACCUAUUAGAACAGCUUAAAUUACAAAUUAUGAUAAAUGCUGGCAAGGAUGCAGAGAGCUGAAAAUCUCACAUUGUUGGUGGGACUAUAAACACUAGGUGCUCUGGGAACUAGUUUGGCAGUUUCUUAAGAAACUAAAUGUAUACUUAACAUAUAACUCAGCAACCAUACUCCUGGCAUUUAUUCCAGAGAAAUAAACUCCAAACGGACAUAGCAGAUAUAAAAAUGAUGUCCACAAAGGUUCAUAGCAAUUUGAUUUGUAAUUGCCAAAAGCUAGGGGGGAAAUGCCACAUGCAUUAUUGCUUAAUGCUGGGUAAUUUGAGUUUGUUCAGGAUAUAUCAGCUUAAAAAAAUGAACGCAGAGUAAUGGAGGUUGCCAAGUCAUCAUCAGACCCAGAUCUGGGUCUUAGUGUAAUUUCCCUUCCUUCAGUUUGCAAUGAAAAUAUUACCAAAAAAUGGGUGAAAUGAGGACAGUAAGAAAUUUCUGAUGUGUGCCAUGCACUCUACGAGGGCAUUCCUUCACCUGAUUCUGUACUCGGGAGUAAUGGAUCGGAAAAGUAUGUUUUAUUCUGUGAAAAAACAAACCCACAGCCCUGGCUGGGUGGCUCCGUUGGUUGUAGCUCCGUCCCAUACACGGAAAGGGUUUGGGUUGUAUCCCCAGGCAGAGUGUGAACAGGAGGCAGUUGAUCAAUGUUUCUCUCUCACAUCGGUAUCUCUCUCUUCCUCCCCCCCAAAUCAAUUUUUAAAAAUCCCUGGUUGGGUAUUAAAAACCCAACAAAAUACAAAAUGCUCAUCAGUAGGUGACUAUUUAAACUGUGGUGCAUCCAUACCAUGGAAUACUACUCAGCAGUGAAAAGGCACGAGCUGUUGAUAAAAGAAAUGGCUUGGAUAGAGUGAAGAACAUAUCCAUAUAUAUGAAAAGAUCACAUCUCAUGAUUUCCUAUCUAACAUUCUUGAAGUGACAAAAUCAGACAGGGAACAGAUUGGUGGCUGCCAAGGGUUAGGAAUGGUGGGGGCUGGUAUGACUAUAAAGGGAUAUCUUGGAGGAGAUCUUUGUGGUGAUGGAAUAGCUUCCGAUCGCAGUGGUGAUUGCAUGAGUCCACAUGGGAUCAAGUGGAAUGGACCAAGCACAGGUCAUUUCCAGUUUAAUUGUACCUACUGUAGUUAGGGAAGAUGUAACUCCUGUCCGGGGAAACCGGGCAAAUGGUACACAGGACUGCUCUGUACUCUCUUUAACUUCCUAUGAAUCCAUAUUUCAAAAUAAAAAGUUUAAAAAUA